UCCUCUGGAUCCCCGAGGCGGCGGCGGCGGCGGCUGCCUCGGUCCGCUCCAGCACUCAGCAGCCCAGCUCGGUCUCCCGGGCAGGACUCACCACCCAGGAGCGCCGCGGAGCUCUCCCAGGCUGAGUCCAAGCCAGGCUCGCAGCUAGUCUCACCGGUCUCCGACGCUGAGCUCUGAUCGCCGGAGGGGAGGGACUCGGCCACCAGCUGCACCGUCCCGGAUGCGGACCCGCAACUUGAAACAACUUUAAGAUCCGACCAGUCCUCCCCGCCGCGCGGACUCUGAGCCAGUGGGUAAGCGAGAAGAUGCCUCGGCCGGGCCGCAACACGUACAGCGACCAGAAGCCUCCCUACUCCUACAUCUCGCUGACCGCCAUGGCCAUCCAGAGCUCUCCGGAGAAGAUGCUGCCGCUCAGCGAGAUCUACAAGUUCAUCAUGGACCGCUUCCCCUACUACCGGGAGAACACGCAGCGCUGGCAGAACAGCCUGCGCCACAACCUCUCCUUCAACGACUGCUUCAUCAAGAUCCCGCGGCGGCCGGACCAGCCCGGGAAGGGCAGCUUCUGGGCUCUGCAUCCCAGCUGCGGGGACAUGUUCGAGAACGGCAGCUUCCUGCGGCGCCGCAAGCGCUUCAAGGUGCUCAAGUCUGACCACCUGGCUCCUAGCAAGCCAGCGGACGCAGCACAGUACCUCCAGCAGCAGGCUAAGCUGCGGCUCAGCGCGCUGGCCGCCUCUGGCACGCAUCUGCCGCAGAUGCCGGCCGCUGCCUACAACCUGGGCGGUGUGGCGCAGCCCUCCGGCUUCAAGCAUCCCUUCGCCAUCGAGAACAUCAUCGCGAGGGAGUACAAGAUGCCUGGGGGACUGGCCUUCUCGGCCAUGCAGCCAGUUCCCGCUGCCUACCCGCUCCCUAACCAGUUGACUACCAUGGGCAGCUCUCUGGGCACAGGCUGGCCACAUGUGUACGGUUCCGCGGGUAUGAUCGACUCGGCCACCCCCAUCUCCAUGGCGAGUGGCGACUACAGCGCCUAUGGAGUGCCACUGAAGCCCCUGUGCCACGCCGCGGGCCAGACGCUGCCCGCCAUCCCGGUGCCCAUCAAGCCCACGCCGGCCGCAGUGCCCGCGCUGCCCGCGCUGCCCGCGCCCAUCCCCACCCUGCUCUCGAACUCGCCGCCUUCGCUCAGCCCCACUUCCUCGCAGACAGCCACCAGCCAAAGCAGCCCUGCUACCCCUAGCGAGACACUCACCAGCCCGGCCUCCGCCUUGCACUCGGUGGCGGUGCACUGACCCACAGAAGCGGGGGCUCCCUCUUGGUCACUUCUACAUCACCCCUCUCACCACUUCCCCGGCUCCGGGUCCAGCCCUCUCCGACCUAGAACCAUCACCCUGACUUGCCCAUUCCACCUUCUUCCUUCAGUCCUCUCUCCUAGGAGAACUUUUGGUUUUGGACCCGGAAGACAAACCACAAACUUGCUAGAAGGCGCGCGAAAGUUGUCUUCGCCCCUUCAGGGCACCAGAGAACACAGGGACUAACCCAAGCCAAGCGACCCCUCCAGAGUCCCAGAAAUGCACUCCCAUCCAAUAGGCAGGACACCCCGAUUCCCUCCUGCUCGGAGAAAACGCAAAUAGAAAGGGGGGGAAAAAAAGCAUCUUCCGGACUCUGCGCAAUUUCAAGACCAGAGACACUGCCCAGGUGUGAAGCCCGCCAAGGCUGCAGCCUCACAGCGAGGACCAGAUCUUAGGUCCCGAAAAUCUGUGGCCACGGACCCACUAAUCCUCCGACAGGCUCGCCUCCGCCCAUCAGGCCGGCAUGGGCGGGACGCUGCUUCCCCAGGCUGCGGCCCAGCCUCCCGGGCUUCUAAGGAAGAUUGUUUUUCUUUGCUUCUGGGUUUUGUUUCCGGCCAGAGGCUCUCUUAGCUUGGAGGGAGGAGAGAAGGCUGCUAAACUAGGGAGGACGCUUGUCCUUCGCAAAUGCAAACCAUAGCUAGAAGUCACCGUUAUUGUUUACAAAGCGCGCGGUUUAAAAAAAAAAAAAUGUAAACAGUGAACUUGAGCAUCUGCCUGGCUAGGCGGGCUAGGGGGCAGAGUCCUCUUUACAAUUACCUGUUGUAAUGUGAAUGUUUACUCUUCUGGCCAGCUUUUGGUGGGCGGGGGGUGUAGGGGGGGAAUGGGGAAGUUAAUU